AUGGAACUAUCGAAGAUGAAGUUGACUGUUCGAGCCAUCAAGAAGAUAUGCUCCAUUUUUUUUUCUCCAAUCACUUCAAGAUGCUUUUUGGCUACCUUAGCAUUGUCUCUUAACAAUAAUUUAUUGGAAGUUUAUUCAACUGAGAGUACUUCAACCACAAAAUUAAGUGCCAUUGAGCUCCAGGGAUAUUGUUCUGAACUAUUGGUUCAGGAUAUGGAUUGUGUGGUCUAUUUGUCCCCAGUUGUUGGUACAAAAGGUGGUACACUAGAAAUUAUAGACGUUCGAAAUGGUACUUGUAUGGAAGUAGUUGAAGCUCGUGGUGGCUCUGUUCAGCCUAUUGCUGCAACUGCUGAUGGAUUUGUCACCGGGAUUACGGAUCAUGAUGUCAAGUUUUGGGAGUAUCAAACCACUCAAAAGCCUGGUCAAGAUUCUAAGCGUUCAGCAGUGUCUCCAGUGAGGAAUUUGAGAAUGAAUGAUGAUGUUUUAGUGGUAGCUGUCAGCCAGAAGAAUAGGUUGGAAGAGAUAUUUGAAGCUCACAUUGGCAAUGCGUUUGAGAAUAGGUAUGUGCCAAAGGAAGAACUUCCAGAAGGAGCUGUGGCAUUAGCAGGGAAGAAAACUCAAGAAACUGUUAAUACAACGGACUCAAUCAUUGAAAGCAUUAGACAUGGCGAAGAAGAACUGAAGCGUAUUGCUGAAUAUGAGUUAUGCAAAGUCUUGCUAUUUCAUUCACUAUGUGCCACAUUCUAUAUUCUGAUAUAG